AUGGCACAAAUUAAAGCUGAUCCUAACAAAGUCUCUUGGGAAGAAUCGGAAUUCCCUAUCCUCUGUGAGACUUGUCUCGGAGACAACCCCUAUCUACGCAUGACCAAGCAGUCUCAGGCGAAAGAGUGUAAAGUCUGCACCAGACCAUUCACAGUAUUCCGUUGGUGCCCCGGAGUUGGCAUGCGUUUCAAAAAGACAGAAAUUUGUCAAACCUGCUCUAAAGUAAAGAAUGUUUGCCAAACGUGCCUACUGGAUCUAGAGUUUGGUCUGCCAGUCCAAGUUCGUGAUACAGCCCUUGGCCUAGAGGAUAAUGCGCCUCGAUCUGACGUCAACAAAGAAUACUUUGCUCAAAACAUGGAUGCUCAUUUUCAGAAUAAUGAUGAUGGGCUUGGAUCAGGAAACUUUGGGAAAGCAGAGUCGGCAGGGCGUGAAAUGCUAAAAAAACUACAGAGAAAGGACCCCUAUUAUAGGCGUAAUCGUCAGCAUAUAUGCUCAUUUUUCGUGAAGGGAAACUGUACACGUGGGGCAGAAUGUCCAUAUCGUCAUGAAAUGCCUCAAGAGGGGGAGCUGAAGCAUCAGAAUAUCAAGGAUCGCUACUAUGGCACCAACGACCCUGUAGCUAGAAAAAUUUUAGCAGGGCCAAGGGCUGGUGGUGCAGGAAGGCAAGCUUCGACACCCGAAGACAAGACCAUUACCUCACUAUUUAUCACAGGUGUGACAGAAUCAGUUACAGAGCCUGAUUUGAGAGGAUUUUUCUAUGUAUUUGGGGAGAUCAAGUCAAUUGUUGUUGUACACAAGUCAAAUUGUGCCUUCAUUAAUUUCACGACAAGAGCAGGAGCGGAAUUGGCGUUCGAGAAGGCUGGAGGAGGCGUUAAUCUUCAGGGAGCUCUCCUGAAGGUGUCAUGGGCGAAGCCACGACCAGUAGGUGCCAGGAGUGAACAGAAAGGAGAAAUUGCACCUUCACCCGCAGCGGUCAUGGACGCGCUUCAAGCCGGUCCACCUCCACCUCCUGGCAGUAAAUCCGAUUUUAGCUAUCCUAGUCAGGACCCGACAUACCAGGGAUCUACCAGCAAGCAUAGGUAG